AUGAAGGUUGAGGCACGGGGGUGGGGCACGUGGAGUGGAGGUCGAGGCACGGGCGCGGCGCCGGCGGCGUGGAUGACAAGGCUGGAGGAGGUGCGGUCGGCGGUGAGCUCGAGGGCGACAGCACGACAGCUGCGCCGGGGCGCGGGCACCGGCACAGGAGGCGGCAGCGGUGGAGGGGGCGGGGUGGUGCAGAUGUCAAGGCGCGGGCGCAGUGCCGGUGGUGUGGAUGAUGAGGCUGGACGAGGCGCAGCCGACGACAAGUUUGAGGGCGUCGGCAUGGCAGCGGCGCGGGGGCGCGGGCUCUGGGACAGGAGGCGGCAGUGGUGGAGGGGACUGGGUGGCAUGGAGAUCGAGGCGCGGGCGCGGCACCGGCGGCAUGGAUGA